AUGCUCAAAGUAGCGCGUGAUGCAACGAAGAUAGAAUCUGCUUGCUCUGAUGAGAUCAAGGCAAUUGCAACAGCAGCGCUGCGCAUGCAAUACCAGCGGGAGCACGCGUCCAUACAUCGCGAGCUAGCAGAACAACUAGGAAAACUGCGCAUUCUGUGUAAAGUAGAGCGACGGCGCCGAAAACUACUUCCCAAGCAAGACGUCAGCGUCUUAGAGGCCCUCGACGGGCUUGAAGACCAGCUGAAGAGAGGCGAGCAGCAGCUUGAGGAGCACAAGGCGAUGGUGGAGCGGAUGGAGGAGGCAGAAGACAUCAUCUCCUCACGUGAUGCGGAAAAGCUGGCGAGAAGGAUUGGGAACAGCCUGGAGGCCUUGCUGGAAGCCGCUGCCAGCAGCAGGAGUUCAAUUCCCGGUGCUCUAAGCGAGGGAGAAGCCGCCCAAAGCGAAGUCAUGCAGCGCUACCUGAAAUUUGUGGCCAUGAAGACAAACCGAGAUGCUGCUGCGGAGAGGGAGAGAGCAGUGAGCAUACUAAAUAAGAUAGAUGUGCAGAUGCCCGACGAUUCCGCUUUCCCGUUGAAGCAGGAAGGGGCCGGGCAAAACCAACCUCCAUUAUCGACGCUUAGGAGCUCCACCGUGACCAAGCAGAUUUUCAACGCGCCGAGGCAGGUUGGGGAUGCAAAUACUGCUAUGCGCAAGACUGUACAUGCAGAAGAAGCGAAGCAGGAGAGUAGCAGCAGCUCAGAUGCCAGUGCUGAGGAACUCCUGCGUGCAGCGCGAACGGCCGCUAAGGCUUCAGAGGCCUUCGGCCAAGAGGCGGAGCAUAUGUGGCUCUGUACAAUGCUUAAAAACUCCGUAGGACUCGACAUGCAGCUGAGUGUUGCCUUGGCUCAGAGAUCAACUGCCUUAGUAGGCAUGGAAACAGGGGAUGUCGACCAGGAGCAGCAACGUUGGCAUGUCGAAAUGCCUUCCGAUGAUAUGCAGGAAUUUGGAAAUAUGCUGAUGGAUUUCACGAAUAUCCAGGAGGAGGCGCAGUCGGCGAAUGGCCUCGAUCAAGUGGCUUCAGCAGCAGUAGCGAUGAAACAGGCAGCCUUAAAACUCACGACAUUCGUCGCGGAACAUCAGGGACAACUAACCAUACGCAAAGGACGAAUGCCCAGAAGCUCAUAA